AUGGCCCGUCCUGCAUGCGCAAAUUCCAGCAACAACAACAACAAAAGCAUAAAGAACAUCAACAACAACAACAUUAACAAAAACAACAACAACAACAACGGUAACAAUAACAACAAUAGCAAAAACAGCAACAAAAACAACAACAACAAUAACAACAACAACAACUACCAUAACAACAAUAACAACAACAACAACAAUAACAACAACAAGAACAACAACAAGAACAACAACAAGAACAACAACAACUACAGUAACAACAAUAACAACAACAACAACAAGGACAACAACAAGAACAACAAUAACAACAACAACAACAAUAAUAACAACAACAAUAAAAACAACAACAACAACUACAGCAAUAACAACAACAACAACAACAACAAGGACAACAACAAGAACAACAACAACAACAACAAGAAUAACAACAACAUAAACAACAGCAACAACAACAGCAUCAACAACAGCAGCAACAACAACAACAGAAGUAACAACAGCAAC